UCACAAUUAGGGUUUCUCUGUCUGCUUCAUUCGUUCAGUGCCUCCAACCCCUGUGUGCAGCGCCUUCCAUCCAGAAAAAAAAAAUGACUAAGAGAACAAAGAAGGCUGGUAUUGUUGGAAAAUACGGUACCCGUUAUGGUGCCAGUCUGCGGAAGCAGAUUAAGAAGAUGGAAGUUAGUCAACACAGCAAAUUUUUCUGUGAAUUUUGUGGAAAGUAUGCUGUGAAGAGGAAGGCUGUGGGAAUAUGGGGAUGCAAGGACUGUGGUAAAGUGAAAGCUGGUGGUGCUUACACUUUGAAUACUGCAAGUGCUGUGACUGUGCGGAGCACCAUCAGGAGGUUGAGGGAACAAACUGAGAGCUAAGCUUUUUGUUGAGUCUAUCUAUCAAUUAGACAUGCGAGAAGUGCUUAGUUUAUUUUCAUAGAACUGCAUUGAUUGUAUCCAAAGUAAACUCUUUCAAGUUUUAUUUGAGAUGACUCUUUUAAUUUUAGUUGUUUAGAACAAUCUGAGCAAUUUUGCUCCGAGGAAUAUUUUUAUUUGCGACUGAUAGUGGAUCAUUGUUUUGAUUCAUUCUUGUGUCAAACUGAAUAACUUCUUUCUAUUUGUUAGUGUUUUUUCC